AUGUCUAUCUCAGCUCUCGACUCCCGAAUCUUUCGGAACCUUUUUGGCACCGAAGAGGUCCGUGAAAUAUUCACGGACGAAGCGUAUGCAAAGUUCCUCGUUCAAACUGAAGCAGCCUUGGCUCGGGCAGAGUCCAAAGUCAAUGCUAUUCCAGCAGAAGUUGGCGGUGCGAUUACCGCAGUUCUUGGUAAUAUCGAACUAGAGCUCUCGCGAGAAACUGAAAUUGUCGGAUAUCCUGUUUUACCGUUGGUGAUGCAGUUGGUGGAGAACACUCCUGAAGACCUGGCGAAAUACAUCCAUUGGGGUGCCACUACGCAAGAUGUCAUGGACAACGCCAGCAUGCUUCAGAUCAAAAGAGGCUUGGAUUUGGUGAAACGAGAUCUGAACAGAUUGGUUGAUAUUUUGCAAGUUUUGGCUGAGAAGUACCGUGAUACACCAAUGGCCGGCCGUACGCACUUACAACAUGCUCUACCUUGCACAUUUGGUUAUAAAUGUGCCGUUUACCUCUCCAGCAUUCUUAGACACAGAGACAGGCUUUGUGAAAUCGAACGCCGAUGCCUCCUGGUACAGUUUGGCGGUGCAGCGGGUACAUUGGCAUCUUUGGGUAGUGACAGGACCGGGAUUCUUGUGCGAGCACAGUUAGCCAAGGAACUUGAACUGGAAGACCCAAUGAUCACAUGGCAUGUCGCUCGUGACAAUAUUGCAGAGGUCCUCAAUCUUCUGGCGCUGAUAGGCGGCACCCUGGGCAAGAUUGCUUUAGACAUCAUUGUUAUGUCAUCCAAUGAGCUAGACGAGGUGGCAGAGCCUUUCGUACCUCAUCGCGGUGCCUCCUCAACCAUGCCGCAGAAGCGUAAUCCCAUCUCCAGCGAGAUCAUUCUCGCUGUCAGCAAGCUUCUCCGAGCCAAUGCAUCUUUGGGAUUGGACGCUAUGGUUGUUGACUUUGAACGACUGUGUGUGAAAGAAGACUCCAUGGAGAGGAACCUCCAUUCCACAAGGGGGUUGAUUGUCGGGGAGGCUGUAAUGAUGGGGCUGGCUCCGUUCGUUGGUCGACAACGAGCACAUGACGUGGUCUAUGAGGCCUGCAAGUCAGCCAUUGAGCAUGAUCGAGUCCUGUUAGAUGUGCUAAAGGAGAAUAUGGAGGUAUCAGAGCAUUUGAAUGAAGCCAAACUGACCCAAUUGUGUGAUCCAUUGAAUUAUCUCGGUUCCGGUCAGCUGAUGGUUGAUGACGUUUUGAAAAGAGUCGCAGAGAAAGCAGGACUGAAAGCAAUGGCCUUAUUCCACCCACAGUCCCGAUACGACUUCGGAUUAGAGCUUAAUUCCGACCCCAGAAAACUUCUUCUGGUUGUUUGUCCUGCUUUCAUUCUAUUCGGAUACAAUCAAUCCAACCUGGGUGGAUUGGUUUCGGUGACGGAUUUCACGAAUCACUUCCCUCGGAUCGACACCGUGCACACGCAAGGAGAACAAAAGAGCUCCAAUGCUACGAUACAAGGUGUUGUAGUGGCGACAUUUACAUUGGGAGCAAUGAUGGGAUGCCUUUCCUGUUCAUAUACCAGCGACAGGUUUGGACGUCGUAUCGUAAUAUUUGCAGGGGCAAUCCUCACCUUACUUGGGGAGGUGCUUGAAGCAUCUUCAUUCCAACUAGCUCAGCUCAUCAUUGGACGAGUGAUCUUGGGUGCUGGUGUGGGGAUGUUGAGUGGUACAGUGCCUACAUGGCAGAGCGAAUGCUCUAGCUCCUCGAAGCGCGGAAAGCACGUCGUUCUGGAUGGGCUUUUCAUCUCAGUCGGAUAUGUCCUGCAGGCUUGGAUCAACUUAGGAUUUUACCAAAUCAAAACGGGUUCAGCAUCUUGGCGGCCACCGAUUGCCAUCCCCAUCUUCUUUUCGCUUAUCUUAAGUUUGGUUAUUUUGGCAAUGCCAGAGUCCCCACGAUGGCUCUCUCAACAAGGCCGCAUGCAGGAAGCCCGAAACACCCUUGCUGCGCUGAAGGGGCUCCACGAAGAUGACACGAGCAUAAUUGAUGAAUUAUCCGCAAUAGAACGCUCGUUGGAACAGUCUGGCCGCACCGCCGCAUCGCUUGGUGAUAUGCUUAAGAUGGGACAGGACCGCCUUCUCUACCGGUUUUGCUUGUGUAUCUUGUUGCAGUUCUUUCAACAAAUGUCUGGAGGGAACCUGAUAUCUGUUUAUUCAACGGUCAUCUUCCAGGAGGGUCUCCAAAUGGACUCCGAGACAUCUCGAAUCUUAUCCGGAGGUACAUUGACCUGGAAGCUCCUCUCCUGCUUCGUUGGCUUCUUUGCCAUCGAUCGAUUUGGGCGACGGUUUGUGCUCAUGGUGAGUGGCACAGGAAUGGCGACUUGCAUGAUGGGGCUCGCCGUCGUAACCUCCUUUCCACAUUCGAACUUUGGCGCACAGGUGGCCAGUGUCUUCUUCGUUUUCCUCUUCAAUUUCUUCAUUCCAAUCGGUUUUUUGGGUGCCAAUUUCCUUUAUUGUACCGAGGUUGCGCCGACAAAGCUGAGAGUAGCCAUGUCGAGUAUUUCGACUGCUAAUCAUUGGCUGUGGAACUUCGCUGUCACGAUGAUUACCCCAGUAGCAAUCAACACGAUCGGGUAUCAAUACUACAUUGUGUUUACCUGUAUUGGAUUCUGUAUCCCUAUCUCCGUCUACUUCUUUUAUCCCGAGGUGAAUAAAUUCUGUCCCGCUUUCGCUCGAGUCCCGUCGGUCUUUUCGACUGUUCGGUAUGCGAGGGAAAAUCCUCACCUGGCACUCGAGCAAGACUUGGCACAAGAGAAAGGGGAGAUCAGUCACGAAGAGAAAGUGUAA